AUGCCUUUGGUCGCCGCUCAAAACUUACGCCGCCUGACCGGCUUCCCCCGAAAACGAGUGUUUCCAGCGCACCUUGUUGCUGGAAGAAGAGUAGGCGGCUACAAGUACAUCUCCGUGCAAGCAACGCCAGCUACAGACAUCACUAAAAUUGACGUGGUGGGCAAAUCAGUGUCAGCUUCGUCACCAGGUCAGUUCGAACCACUCGCAGGUGGGACAUCUGCUCACAGUUUAGAUGCCUCAUUCGAAGUACUGGGAAGCCCCUAUUCCUUACUUUCCGUCACAUUGUCUCCGUCUCAAGACCUUUACACGCGUCGGGGAACCUUAGUUAGCUUCGCCGGGGACCCAGAUGGGACAGUCUCGACCCUACGACUGCUCAACCCCAUACGUCGCGCCUUGAUUGGGAUACCGUUUCUCUACCAGAAAAUCACGUCGACGUCCUCAGUCAAUGCACUCAUAGCCACCAGGUCGCCUCUGACCACUUUCGCAGUACUGCAAUUGGACGGCAGGACGGACUGGAAACUGGCUCAGAGAAAAGCUUUGUUGGCCUGGACUGGAAAUACCUUGUCGGUCAAGCCAACUCUGAGCACCAAACUAUCAGUGGCACACUGGGGAAGCUCUGAUGUGACAGGAAGAGGUCUCCUGGCCUUGGCCGGUCAGGGUCAGGUCUAUUCAAUCGAGCUUGCUGAGGGGGAGACAUACAUUGUUCACCCUUCGAAUAUCCUGGCAUACUCAACAUCAUCGCCUUCUCCACCACCGCGGCCAUACCGUUUCAAGUCCACAAAUGUACGAUUUCAGAUUCCACUUCAACUCGGAAAUUUCUUCCCCUCAUCGAAAUUCGUGGAGACGCUGAAGACAAGUAAUACCUACAAAAUCCUGGCCAAUUCUUUGCUUCGGAUUCGGACAUGGAGUCGAAGGACUAUCUGGGGUGACAGGUUGUUCUUGCAAUUUCGAGGCCCAACCACACUAUUGAUUCAAAGUCGUGCAGCGAGAGUGAAUGAUGUCUUGACGGCACAAGAAGUCAACGAGAUCGCGGAUGCUCCUGCUGGUGUUGUCAAGGAGAUGAUAAGCGACUCACAAUUAUCCAAAAACAGUGAUGCUUCCCGGAAGAUUGCAGGAGGGUCAUCAUCAUCCGCACCCGCACAGUCGCAACCAAAAGUGUCCUUUGCAAGCGUCAAUAAGGACGGCAAAGUGACAUUCGACAGAAACUAG